GGCAAAUGUUGAAAUAAACAAAUUCGCAGCAUGUUAAAGCAGUGUCUAGUCAAUGUGGACUUCUCGCGACUGCAUGUUAAUCCGCAGCUGCGCCCAAAAUGUGGCGAAAUAUUUUACGAAAGCGAAAACGAAUUCUGCAGUUUCCAGCUGGUUUGCUGUCUCUGCGAAAUGAAACAUUUUGCAUUUGAUGACUUCUCGAUGCACAUACGCAACGUACAUUUCGACAAGCAGGGCAAACCGCGUACGCAGGUCAAGGCCGAUAGAAAUGACGCAUGUCAACAGUUGCCCCCUUUAAAUGUAACAGCUAAUGCAGGCGACGAUGAACGGAACGAGGGAUCAGAUGAGGAUGACAACGACGGCGAUACAUUGCGAGUAUGUUCGUUCGACGAGGUCAAGCUGGAAACUGUGCAAUUGGAAAACAACAAAAAUGGCCGGGCCGAGGACAGCUGCCAUAGUGCAGACGAGCUGGAUGCACCCACAGCAGGUGUCCCGAGCUUCACUGAUGUCGAUGAUGAUGAGGAGGCAACUGAUAGCGAAGCGGAACCGCAAUCUGUAUUUAAGAAACAACCCGAUCCCAAGGAGUACCCAUGCAAAUACUGCAGGGGCAAAUACACGACUCAGAAGUACCUAAAUAUGCAUGUUAAGGUGAGGCAUCCGCACCCGAACGGCUUCAAGUGCACCGAUUGUGAUGCCACUUUCGACGUGCAACGCGCCAUGUUAUCGCAUCGUCGCAAGGAACACACCGAGUUUCCGUGCAACGUGUGCGGCAAGGUAUACAAAAGCUCACGCACUCUUCUACGCCAUGUGCAGGCCCACUCGGGUCUGCGACAAUUCAAAUGCGAGCAUGAGAGUUGCGGCAAGUCAUUUGUCAGCCAGCACAAUUUGACGUCGCAUCGUCGCGUCCACAGCACAGAGCGCAACUACGUGUGUGAGUUAUGCGGCUACCGCUCGCGCUACCGCGAUGCACUCAUUGUGCAUCGGCGCACGCACACGGGCGAGAAGCCGUUUAAGUGUCAGACUUGCGCGCGUUGUUUCGCAUCGAAGUCGCUGCUCAACGAGCACCAGGCCAUGCACUCCACGGAGCGGCCGUACAAGUGCGACCAUUGUGAGGCUGCCUUCUCACGGCCCAAGGCUCUCUACCAUCACAAACAUCUGCAUUUGGGUGUCAAGAAGUUCAAGUGCAAGAUCUGUGGCAAUGCUUACGCCCAGGCAGCGGGGCUGUCCGCCCAUAUGCGUGGCCACAAAGCGCAGGCCAUCAAUGGCAUUGUCGAUAGCGGCUCAGCUAUAGCCUGCCCACCCCAUCUUUGAGCAUCCCCGCACUACUUGUACAGUCACUUUUCAAUAUUGCAAAUGUGCACAAACUAUACUUAUACUAAUUAGGCUAUAAUGUGUGUAUUAUUAUAAUUGGCAUUGUAUAUCAUAAUGCAAUGGUGGAUAAAAGCACUUUGACAACGCAUUGUAAAAGCGUAUCGUUCUUUUUGCUGGACAAAAGUAUUUUGAUAUGUCCUUUCAUAUUAUUUUUUUCAUGUUAAAGAUAUUUUCGUGACUUGUUUAAUAAUUACUACUGUUUGAUCGUAGUUUUUGUUAAAUUUUGGCAAAUGACGUGAAUUGAUUGAAUUCAUUAAAAAUUAAGAAAAAUAAUUCAGGUAUUUCUGUGGAAUACCUUAGCAGAUUAUAAAAUGUAUCUCUA